AUGGAGCCCACACAAGUGGAAGGAUUUUUUUGCAUGAUCUCGAGAAGGUUCGGUACUUAUCACACAACACUUUUGAAAACUGGGAUUAACAACGAGAAAAAGAUUAUUGCUGUAAACCAACAACUAAUUUUCUGUUACGAUGUAGAAGAAAAUUAUUUUGAUCGUGUUGGUGUUACUUGUGAUUGUCCGCUCGGAGGAAACUUCUGCCAAGAAUGUGACGAGAGCAAAUUUUUAAAUUUCAGAUUAUCGACAAUUCUGCCGUACUUAUCACUACACAAUGAUCAAAAUCUUACGAAGAAUAACGAAAAAAGAUCGCUGUAUUUCAUACCACCGUCGCAGAUACGAGAUGAAUAUAAAAAGCCAAAAGAAAUAAGCCAGAAAACAAAACGUUGCGGGUCGUUACCUCGGAAAAACAAAUUUUCCUCAUCAUCAAGAAAGGAUAGCUCUAACAGAGCAGAGAUGAAUACAAGAAACCUCGAUAAAAAUAUUAAAAUUUCUAAACAAAAUUCCCGGAUUCUCGCAAAAAACGUAAGAUAUUCGCAAGAAAAUCCUGCAAACAGAAUAAAAGCUGAAACACAUAAAGAUACCUUUUUACGAGCUGUUAAGAAUAACUUGGAUGCAGAAAAUUCAGAAUCUCGAGGGAAGAUAAAGAAGAACGAUAAGGAAAAUUGUAUUUGUUAUUGUAAAGAGGAGAACUGUGCAUCUAAAUCAUCAAUAAAAAAUUCAUCUGAAAUAUUAAGCUCUUCCAGAAAAGACAAACCUGAAAAGACAAAUCAUCAAUUAGCUAAAGAAAAAAACACCAAAUCAAAUGUUUUACGAACAUCACCAAGAUUAUAUCAUAAGAGUUUACCUAGUUCAAUCAAUUCUUUUCCAACACGACUCUAUCAAGAAAAAGUACACGACAUCCCUCGUGUAGCGAUUCUGUACGGAAAAUCACCAAAUAUUUUGCCUUACAUAGUAGGAAAUGAGAAAAAAUUUGUUCCAUUCACUACAUUUGAGAACAGAUCAAAUUUUCUAGCCAAAAAUAAUCAAUAUCCACUGACUAUUCGUCAAAAUUCGAAUCCCUGUCCACGUAAAGAUGAAGAAAACCGGGUUGGAAGUCCCGUCAUAUCAACUACUUCGUCUAUUACACAAAUGGAAAGUGAUCUUCAAUCAACGACUGAAAAAGAUCAAGAAGAUUUUUUUAAGCCAACUACAGAAACUUCGACCGAUCGUGUAGACGUGUCAACUGAUUCAAAAAUGGAAACCAAUUUUUAUCCAAACUAUUCGAAUGAAAUAGGUGAAAAAAACAAAAUUAUGGAUUUUUCCAAUUCGGAUGAAGCCACGGAUAAAUUAGACGAUUCUACAGAAAGCAUCGAUGGAAAUCGAGAUGACGAUUUUUCGAAGUUAAUGUCAUCUUCCAUAAAUAAUGUCGAUAGAAGCGAAAUAUCACCCACCAUCUAUCCAUCAAUCAUGCGCGAUGAAAAAUUGAUAAACAUGGAAGAGUGUAUAAAAUUAUUCGGUCGUGACGUGUGCGUACUCAGCGCGUCCAGUGUGACGUCACCGGAAGCACUUUCGAGGCAGGCACAAAAGAACAGUAUGAAUGAAUAUUCCACGAUUACAAUUCCGGAAUAUAUCGUACGAAUGUCCGCGAAAGAAGAAACAACGUCGAAUAACGUUGAUUAUUCGGAUGAAUUCAGAACAACCGAAGUGUCAAAUGUUGACUCGAAUGAGUAUCUCGAAUCAACAAGUACGGAAUUAACUGAUGAGAACUUUUUGCGGAAAGAAUUUUAUGCAGGAUCCAUCGAAUACACUGGAGUACCAAACGACGACUAUGAUGAGAAUAAAUUAUUUAAUUCCGAGGAAGAUACGCUUGUUCCAAUGAAAAAAUUGAUGUAUCGGAUAACUGAUAAGAAGACUGCAAAAAAUACGCCGUUAGGAAAGGGUAAAAGUCAUAAAAUUGAAUCAUUGUCGAGUUCAAAUAAUAAAGAAACAACAACUAUUGGUUACAAUUUUCAAACCGGACAUCAUUUGGAAGAGGAAAGCACAAAUAGAUUGAUUGGAUCAGAGAUCGAUUUUGAUCCUGAAGACGAAACACUUAAAAAACAAUUUAAAGAAGAAAUUAGAAAUGAAGAAGAAACAACUGAAAAUGAUUUAUUAGGGAUAAAAACCUUUAAACUUGGAGAUGAGAUUUUUCAAGGACUUGAAGUGCAAAACCUUGAUCAUGAAGGAACAGAUUAUUUAAAUAAUAACGAAGAUGUCACCGAUAGUCUCGAAACAAUCAUCGAUUCGUCAGAAAGAUUACCAUUCCACGACAAUACUUUACUUUUAAAUUCCAUCAGAAAGGUCAUCAACGACUUUGCAUCGAAUGUUUCCUUAGCCAAGGCAAAAAAUCUCGACGAAAAUAUUCUUCAGACACAAGGUAGCAAUUUACUGCCAGAAAUCUUGAAACUUUCGAAUCUCGAGAGUAUCCUGUUAAUUCCGCAAAUAGAAAAUAUGAUUAUAGAAAAAGUAAGCGAUAUCCUAUCCAAUAUUGAAGCCACUUCCAGAGGAUACUUCACAACUGAUUGGUCGCAUGAUGUGAUCAGGAACACUCUUCGUAGCUUAUUACAGGCUCUUUCUUCAGGGUUUCACCGAAAACUUCCAUCGAUCGAAGAGCAUCAAUUUAAGGACGGACAAUGGACAGUCAAUUCGGUAACAUUAGCACCAGUUUCAAACAAGAAAGCAUCAUUGACAAGUCCGGAAAACUUGCGGCAAAGCAUCGGAAACCUCCUAACCGCUCCAGCAAUCGCGUCGCAGAUAGAUCACUACAUUGUACAAAACAUGAUUGUGCAGAGCGUAAAAAAUAGUUUUGCUAAAAACGAACAAGAGAAAAUAGAAGAUUUAAUAAUACACGAGUUAAAUGAUAUUCGGACAUUAAAAGAUUCGGCAGAUACGAACGUGUUGGGAAAAAAUAGUGAAUCUAUUGAUAGUGAAAGAGAUGUGGAUUUAACUUAUUCACAAGAAAUCUCGACAAAUGAUUAUGAAAAAGAAAUAAAUAUUGGCAACUUAGUAUCAAUCGAUGAAGAGAAUCCUGACAUAGAAAAUAGUACAGAAAUAGACAAUGAGAACAUGUCUAUUUAUAAAAUGAAUGAAAAUGUCACGGAUACACUCUUAAAUGGAAUACUGAAGAUAAAUAAUAUACAAGAUGAUGAAGUGAAAGGAAAACUAGCUGAACCGUCGAAAAUUGCAGUCACAUAUCACAAAGCUAUUUCGCAAAAUAAUCUCGGUAUAAUAUCAGCCAUUUCUAUAAAACCAAAUUUAGAAGAAUUGAGUGAAAAAGCAGAAAAUGUACUGACAACUACAAUUUCAUCAAUUACAGCUAAAAAUGUUGACGAAACAGAAAAAAGUAUCGUUAAUCCGACAUCGAGAAUAAAGGACACUAAUGACGAUAAUAAAUCGUUAACAAAUCGUUAUUUACUGAAUAAUUCAAUUUUGAAAUGUAUUGAAAAUGAUUAUGCUAAUGAUAAAAACAUCCAAGUUGCAACAAUACCCUCGAAUUUUAUGCAAGAAACUUCACCAAAAAUAUCGGAUGGCAUAAUUACAAAAAACAUGAUGGAAGUUAAAGAUAUCGGAGAUGAAUAUAUCACCAAUAAAGAAUUAUUGACUAAAUCAACUGACAGUUUAAUGUCACCUACAAAUGUAAAAUUAAAAAUUGUUUCUUCAACUGACGAGAUUGAUCCGGCAAUAAUAUUGGAAAGAAUUGAACAUAAUUCAUCGCCAAUAAAAUAUUAUUCACCAGAAAUUUUGAAAUACAUAAAAAGUCAUCGUAAUGAUAAUAAUAAUGAUGAUGAUAUAAAUAUUGAAAUUACGACGACAAGUUUUAUGCAAGAUAUGUCGGAUAAUGUAAUAAAAUUACAUGACAAAACGUUGAAUACUUCGAUCGAUGAUAUAAUUUCAUCUCCAAAUAUAGAGUAUGGAAAUUACGAAAUAAAUAAAGAUAUUCUAGAUUCGCAACAGCAUAAUUUUGUAACGAAAGGCAACGUUAUUGAUAAAAUCCACGAAGUCACUACGGAAGUUCAGCGAACUUACACAAAAACCAGAUACUUCAAGGUGAAUUCUUCCGAUGAUAAUCUAGGAAUCGGUUCAUCCUUAUCAACUUAUAAUACCAAUAGCAAUAAUAAAGACAAGAAUAGCGAUAAUCAUAAUGCCAAUCUAAUUGGCAAUAAAAUGUAUAACACCGAUAAUACAGAAACAAAUGAACAAGCACUUAUUUCAUGCCCCAAAUCAUGUGUCCUAGGCAAUAUCUACCCUCUUCAGCUAUUUCCCUCGGACAGUAUAAAAUUGCCAGUGGAGAUCGAAAAAUUGAAGGACGGUUCCUACGCUUUGUCGAUCACCAAAAAUAUAUGCGAGCAGAUUUUGGAAAGAAAAUGUUCCUGCUGUUUGCCAGUGCAAGGACACUUGAUUCUAUCGUGUAACAAAAAUCAAGAUCAAAAGGAGAAUACGCAUAUAAUUACUGACAAAAAUCAAAAUCAAAAGGAUAAUGCACAUAUGAUAACUGAUAAAAAUCAAGAUCAAAAGAAUAUGAUGACUUUGAUGACUACGGGGAAAAACGCCUUGAGGGUGCAAAAAUCAGUAGAAGCAAAAAGAAUGAGGGCGCAUGAUCUUUCGAAGAGAAACUUGAAUGAUAAUAAUCUAAUAACGAUUUUGAUGCCAGUCAUCGAUUUUGCGAAGAAAUAUCUGCUUGAUUCUAACAAAACUGAUGACAUAAUGCAAAACUAUGAUAAGUCAUUGAGGAAAUCAACCGGAGAAUUUGAUGAUCAUCAGUUAAAGGAGAGAAAUCUCAAUGAUAUUUUUACAACGAAGGAAGAGGAAUUUACGAUUAAAAAUAAAGAUGCAACGGAUAAAUUGCAAAAGUCAGUAAAUUUGCGAGAGAGAAAAGAUAUAAAUUUUCCAAGAUCCUCAAUUUCUCGAGAUUAUCAUAAUUCGGAAAAUUCGAUAGAAAUUGAAUCACAGGAGAAACAUUUCAAAGCAAAUCAAUAUAAAAUAACUGAAGAUUUGCGUAAAUCGGAAACUGAGAAAAACAUUCAAAAUAUAAAUACUGAGCGAAAAAUUAAUUUAAAAAAUCAAAAAAGACAUCCUAUUUUAAAAAGAAUUAAUAUGUCCAAAGAAGAUACCGAAAUAAAGAAUGAAGAAAUAAAAUCAAAUAAAUACCAAAUAGCAGAUGUUGAAAAAGGAAAUGUUAAAGUUUUCAGAAAGAAGAAGGACAAGAAACCUCGACAAACGAUAGUAUCUGAAAAUCACGAAAGAAUUCCUAUUUCGAGGAUUAUUAUUUCCAGAAACAAGGACAACGUCGAAAGCGAUGAAGAAACAAAUUGGGAUAAAUCAAUAGAUAUUGGAGAAGGAGACAUUUAUCAUACAAAGAAGAAAGAUGAGUAUAAAAUGUAUAUGAUGAACGAUAACCACAAUAUUCCAAGAAUUAAAACUUAUGAAGAAGUUAAUAAAAAGCCAUAUAGAUCCCAGCGAAAUGCAAAUAAUGUCGCUAAUAAAAGAGUAGAAUUAGUGAAAUCUGUGCUUUAUUGGCUUAAAGAUAUUUUAUUAGAUUAAUAAAUUACCAGAAUAAUUAAAAUUAA